AUGGACGAGGGUGCCGAUCCAAAAGCGCCUCGGCGCAAGAGGGUUUCGAGGGCCUGCGAUAGAUGUCGAAGUAAAAAGGACAAAUGCGACGGUCUUCGUCCUUCCUGCUCCGCCUGUCUGGCGUCCGGUCAGACUUGCUCUUAUGAUCCUCAUGCAAAAAAGCGCGGCUUGCCAGAGGGAUACGUUCGCGGCCUGGAGAAGCUCUGGGCCCUCGCCAUCUGCAACAUUGAUGGCUUUGAGGACACUAUGCUCUCCCUCCUCGGUACGACAGCUGACACAGUUGGCCGGAGGGACCGGUUGAUUUCUCUCUGGACAGAUGACGGUGCCUCGGAAACGUUACAUGAGUCCUGGAAAACCAGUCGGCUCUAUAAUGCACUCGAGAAGAUGCUAUCGUCCACACCCGAUCCCUCCAGUCCGCACAUCUCAGCGAAGCGCCCCCGAGACGAACAUAGGCCUUCCUCACACGAUCCAGGAAGUGGAUGGGGCUUCCGUAUAGACCGCAGUUCGAGUCCUUUAUCGCAGGGCGCUCCGCGCGUUGUGGAACCUAUUACCUCGCCUGGAACUAAGCGAGCGCGACUAUCUAUGCCGGCUGACAAGCAGCCAUCGCCCACAACAGCCGGUAUACGUUCUCUUCAACUACCGCCUCACACUUCCCAGUUGCUAGACAUUUACUUCGCUGCCACACACUCCUGGUUCCCCAUCGUUGCUAAACACAACAUCCUCCGAGCAUCUUAUGUUUAUGCAAACGCGCCUUCAAUAUCCGUUGCCAGGCUUUCUUCGGAAUCCGGCGACCAUGCCGCAUUAUGGGCGCUCCUCAGCUACACGAUAUCCUUAUCGCGGCCAGUACCCGAGAACGGGACAUUGGGGGUUCUAUCAAAAACAAAGGAAUAUUAUGCGGUGGCCAGGAGUUUAAUUCCUUCGGAGACAGGGCUCUACGAACUCGGACAUGUCCAAGCUCUUCUGCUCUUGACUUUAGUCAACAUCGGUCUCGAGGACUGGGCCGCUGCCUGGAUGCUCAGUGGUCAAGCGGUCCGCAUGAUUGUCUCUAUGGAUAUAGGCGCGCUCCCAGACACUCGAAGAUCCAACGAGUUAAACCAAGGGAAAGUCGUGUUUCUAGGGUGUUUCGUUAUCGACUCACUUUUGUCAUUCCGAUUAUCCCGACGACCUAGCAUGCAUUCUCGAGACUUGGUUGUUAUUGGUUUGCUCGAAGAGGAUGGCCUGGAAGAAUGGAAUUCGUGGGCCGAUGUGUUACCACCCGCUCGCAACUCUCAUGGGAGGAAUCCACCUCGCCGAGGCCCUUUACUUUCUUUGAGUUGUUUUAACCGUUUGGUUGAGCUGGCCAGCGUGUUGAACAAAAUUGCUCGAGACUCUAUAACAGGACCGAACGCCCACUUAUUCGCGCAGCAAUUGGUCUCAGAGUUGAAACAUUGGGAUGACCUUUUGCCGCUCGGAUGUCGACUAAUUGGCCCUGAGAGCAUCUAUCCAGAACGGCACUCCGCAUUACUACCACAUCAGACUUAUUUGGCAUUAACAUACGUCGCUACCCUUCUGACACUUUAUCUUCAAAUAGCUCCCCAGGAAUUGGGCAUGCAUCGUUCCCAGAGGCCAGCCACAGAAGCCGCAAAGAAACUUCUCUAUCGUACCCUUCCAAUGAUGUCACAACAUCUAGAUAACUUCAAUGUUUGCAGCUUGCCGCCCAUCUUUGAAAUAUCUAUACGUGUCAUUGCUGAACAGGCAUUCACCCUUCGCAACAAAAUUGAAAGCGACCUAUUUCCAUUCACACGCUGGGCCGAGGCCCUCGUUCAACGGACAUCCCAGCUUAGUACAACGUGGCCGGUCUAUCGCACCUUGACGAGCAAUAUUGAACAAUGGUAUCGCUCUAGGAAUGUCUCUCAAUCUCCAUCUCAAACCUUCUCGCAUAAUGUGGACAAUACGCCAGCAAGAGAGACGAACAAACAUUCAAACUACAGUCCUUUCCAAAACAGCUUGCUAUCUACGACGGCGACAGAGAAUCGAGAUCCCAACCGCGAAACUCCGCUACUUCCACAGACUAGACAAAAUACCAUUAAUGUCGCGGAAUCUGACUAUACAUCCUCUAUCCUCGGCAUCACCAUCCCGGUCGAUGGGCAAUAUAUGACCCCAAAAGACACGACACUGGAAAAUUACGAGCCGUCCUUUUAUUCCCAUUCCCAGCCUGGUCAUGAUAGAGUCCAUUCCUCCGUGAUGGACAUUGCAGACCCAGCAAGCGAGCUAGACGCAAUGCUUCAUGGACCAUCUCAAGCACAUCCUCCAACACCAGAUUCCUCCGUAUCCAAUCCCAUGAUCUCGGGGGCUUCCGCCGCCGCGAACGAGCACUCUAUGGGGUCAGCUAUGAGCAAUGGCCAUACCAUCAGCUCCACCUCAGACAAUAAAGUACAAGCUAGCAGUAAUGCCAGUCUCGAUGCCAUCUUCAAAGACCUCGCUUAUCUUGACACAACCGAAUGGACCACCAGCCGUGAAGCAGGACUAAAGGAUUUCGGUUUCAUAGACGAUACCACAUUUCAAGAAUUCUGUCACGAUCCGGAUCGUCUUGCUGGCUCGCAGCCGUUGGUGCAUCCGCCUUCAAUAGCGGACAUUUGGCCACCUCCUGGGUUCUUCCCUGAGACAUUUCGAGAUGGGGCCGAGGAGAGAAUGGAGUGUUAG